AUAGUAAAAUAUGUAUUUCGAUCUCUCAACCGAAGCCUAAAUAGAGAAAGCAAUGAAUAGGUUCCCAACGCGACCGAUGAGCUGUACAAUGCAUGAGUAAGCUCAAUGCCCCCUCUACUUGAGAGAAAGCAUUCUAUCCUCGACAGGAAUUGUGAAAGAAGGAUCUAGCCGUUUGGAUCGGGCUUUCAAAAUGAAAUCAUUCAGGAGUAGGGCGUGUAUCAAGUAUUUGAUGUGUUUCUUCAAUGUGGUAUUUUUACUCUUGGGCAUCAGUAUUUUGAUAGUAGGUAUCCUCACCCUGAAUGUCUACCGUGGAUAUAUUGAUUUCACUAAUGAUUCUGGUACCGCUAUACCUGUGAUUCUAAUCACGGUUGGGAUUAUAUCGAGUCUUGUUUCAACCUUAGGGUUCUGUGGAAAUUGCAGGGAAAGUCGAUGCAUGCUCAAAACGUUUGUCUCCAUCUUGGCUAUUCUUCUAAUUCUGGAGUUAGCUGCUGGUAUAUCUGGGUAUCUCCUUCGUGAUAAAAUUGAUCAAGUGAUCGAAGAUAACAUGGGUGAGAUACAGAUCAAAUACAACACAACUGAAUCUGCACAAGGAAUCUUCAAUAGCUUGCAACAGGAGCUUAACUGUUGCGGAGUUCAUAACUACACUGAUUGGAUGGGCUGGGUUACGGAUCAACCAGAACUUGUACCUUAUUCAUGCUGUAAAUUAAAAACCCCCGGCUGUAACAUCAUUGGCUCAGCUACUUUCGACAUACAUACAAACCCCUGCGACUCCGCAGUCCAAGAUUUACUGAGAGAUCAAAUUCAAAUUGUUGCAGGACUCGCGAUUGGCGUUGCUUUUGUUAACAUCUUUGGUGUCAUCUUAGGAAUUCGUGCGGUAAAGAAUACGAAGCUUAACAUCCCCGACUACGCAAUUUAAUGCAACAUCCAUUUUGUUCAAUAGUUAAACGACAACUGUCGUAUACAAGGGCGCCGGAAGCGUGGGCAGGG